UUUGAUUGUAUAAAAACAAUAUUGUCAAAUUUUAGCGGGACGUUUUUACUUUACACAUUUUAUGCCAAAUUUGUUUCUAAUUUGAUCUGUUUUUCUCAUUAAAAAUCAUGGCGUCUUUUAAGUCACUUUGCGAAAAAUAUUUUGGUAGCAAUAAUUUUUAUGAAAUACUUCAAAUUAAGUCAAAUGCUUCUGAAAAAGAGAUAAAAAAAGCUUAUCAUAGAUUGUCCCUUCAUGUCCAUCCCGAUAGGGUUACACAUGACCAAAAGGAAAUAGCUACAGAGAAGUUUAAAGUCCUGGGUAAAAUUCAUUCAAUUUUACAAAACAAAGAAAAACGCAAGCUGUAUGAUGAUGUUGGGGAAUUUGACUAUGACUUGGAUACAUCCUACAAUUGGAUGGAUUAUUGGAGGAACAUGUUUAAAAAGAUAGAACUUAAAGACAUUCAAGAAUAUGAAAAAGAAUAUGUAGGCUCCGAGACUGAAUAUAGGGAUAUAAAGAAAGCUUACGAAGGUAGCAGAGGAAACAUGGAUUCUAUUUUGGAAAUGGUACCCUUCAGCAAUUGUGACAGUGAGCCUAGAAUCAUAGAAACUGUUCAGAAGAUGGUUGACAAUGGUGAGGUGGAAAGUUAUAACACAUUCUUUAACGAGAGCAAGCAAAGGAAGCUUAGAAGGAGAAGAAAAUGGGAAUUGGAGAAAAAAGAAGCUGAAAAAGUUGAAAUGAAUGAGUUAGAAAAAGAAAUGGAGAAAAGUAUGAAAGAAAGAGCAGCCAAUUUUGAGAACUUCAUGAACGAUCUGGAAUCAAAAUAUGCUCCUAAAAGUAAACAAAGAAAAAGUAUUACUGAUGGUAGCAGGUCUAACAAGAAAAGAAAAACUAAAUAAUAUAUUAUAUUUAUAACUAGAUUGUAACUGUGUUACUUAUUUGAUAAACCAUAUUUGCUAUACAUGAUCUGUAUUUGUAUUUCAAUAAAAAAAUUUAAUUAAUAGUGA